UUUCAGAAAACCUGUUGUGAAGCGGUUCCCUCACUCAAAGUUGACCGUACACAACGAGGUCGCGAAGAAAGAAGCGACAGAGAUGAUCGGGAUGAAGAGCGAGAACUAGCUGAAACGAACUUCUUCAAAGAAGAUCCUUCCAAAGACAACGAAAAGCAGGCUCCCGUGGCAACAAGUGAGAACGCCGUCGGAAAGAAAUUGUAUUCGCCACGACAGCGUUCGUCGUCCAUCAAGAAGACCAAAUCCGCAAAAUCCAGAAAGAAAAAAAGCGUCAAAGUGAGGUCAGGAAAAAGUAAGAAAUCGAAACGAUCCAUGGGACCAAGACGAGACGAGAGAAAAGACGUGAGAAAAGGCAUGGAGAUGUACAAAAACAUUUAUGAGGGAUCGCUUGUGGCGCCAAAAUCUCAGCAACAGCAAGGAACUACAAAAUCAGUCAGAACCAAGCGAUCUUGCCCAUCUACCUCGCCACCUUCUCCCGUAGCGGAUCCGCCUGGUCUCGAGGAAUUGAAGCGUGAGGUCAACAGCUAA